GCAUUCCUUCCCGCUGUCACCCUUAGGGUCAUAAAGGGGUGGGCCAGUCUUCCUCCACCCCUCCAUCCUCACUCGGAGAUGUCCUUCUGAGGAGCCAUCCCUGCCAACCCCUGGCUUUCUGGAGCUUGGAGAGGCUCAGGGCAUCGAGGGAGGAGCGAUGGAGAAGUGGGCGGGCAGGCCUCAAUUGUGUCUGAUGCUGCUUCUGUCCCUCCCUGAGCUCGGCCUGGAUCAGGAGGUGCGCCAGGGACCAGAGGUGUUGUCUGGACACUCUCUUCAGACACCCCCAGAGGAGGGUCAGGGCCCUGAGGGUGUCUGGGGUCCUUGGGAGCAGUGGGCCUCUUGCUCCCAGCCCUGUGGAGUUGGGGUGCAGCGCAGGAGCCGGACAUGUCAGCUCCCUACAGCUCAACUCCACCAGGGCCUGCCCUUCCCACCCCGGCCCCCAAGACAUCCAGAAGCCCUGCUCCCCCGGGGUCAGAGCCCCAGACCUCAGACUUCCCGAGAAACCCUCCCCCUGUACAGGCCACAGCCUCGGGGAAGAGGUGGCCCACGUCGAGGUCCUGCUUCCCAACUAGGGAGAGCAGAAACCCGGGAGAUAACAGGAGCUCGGAGGUCCCGGGUUCGAGACCCCAUCAAGCCAGGAAUGUUCGGUUACGGGAGAGUGCCCUUUGCUUUGCCACUGCAUCGUAAUCGCAGGCACCCCAGGAGACUGCCCAGAGCUGAGAGCUCCCAGACCUCAGAUCUUCCAUCCCUGACUCCAAGAACAGAACCAUUCUCCACAAACCACACAGCUCAAACUCAGCUCCCUCCUACAGAACUUUCUGCCCGCCCCCCACAUCCCCCAGCAGAACUCCCAAGCCCUGAAACUAAUCAGACAGAAGUGCCCUCUAGAACCAGGCCUGUCCCCACGCAGCCCCACCCCAGAGUCCAGGCCUCUGGCACAGAGCCUGCCUCGUCCAUCCCCUACCCAGGAGAAAGUAACUCCUUCCAUGUGUCCCCUCAGCCAAGAAUGCCAGAUUCUCAGGGUUCGGCCAGUCUCCAGGUGGCUGAGAGAUACCCUAAUCCUUUCCUCUCUGUCCCUCUGGGCAGAGGCCACCAGAGCCAGGAGCACUGGAAACCUGGGGGGAAUCUCCAUGGGUCCCUCAUGGAGCCUGCCCCCCACUAUCCAGAUGGCUGGUUGCCUCUGCUGAAUGAUGGCCCCCAUUCCGGUUCGCUUUGGAGCCUCUUUGCUCCCAAUAGCCCUGUGCCAAGGUGUUCUGGGGAGAGUGAGCAGCUGAGAGCCUGCAGCCAAGCGCCCUGCCCCCCUGAGCAGCCAGACCCCCGGGCCCUGCAGUGUGCAGCCUUUGACUCCCAGGAGUUCAUGGGCCAGCUCUACCAGUGGGAGCCCUUUACCGAAGUUCAGGGCUCCCAACGCUGUGAACUGAACUGCCGUCCCCGUGGCUUCCGUUUCUAUGUCCGUCACACGGAAAAGGUCCAGGAUGGGACCCUGUGUCAGCCUGGAGCGCUAGAUAUCUGCGUGGCGGGACGCUGUCUGAGCCCCGGCUGUGAUGGGAUCCUCGGCUCUGGCAGGCGUCCAGAUGGCUGUGGGGUCUGUGGAGGGGAUGAUUCCACCUGCCACCUCGUCUCAGGGAACCUCACAGACCGGGGGGGCCCUCUGGGCUAUCAGAAGAUCCUGUCAAUUCCUGUCGGAGCCACGCAGCUCCAGAUUGCCCAGCUCCGGCCCAGCUCCAACUAUCUCGCCCUUCGAGGCCCUGGGGGCCAGUCCAUCAUCAAUGGAAAUUGGGCCGUGGAUCCCCCUGGGUCCUACACAGCCAGUGGAACUGUCUUCCUGUACAAUCGGCCUUCCCGAGAGGAGGGCAAGGGGGAGAGUCUGUCAGCCAAAGGCCCCACGACCCAGCCUGUGGAUGUCUAUGUGAUCUUUCAGGAGGAGAACCCAGGCAUUUUUUAUCAGUAUAUUAUCUCUUCAGUUCUUCCACACCUUGGGAGCACCACCCCAGAGCCCCACUUCCCCCAACUCCAACCAGGGAUUUUGAAGGUGGAGCCCCCACCCGCUUCGAUGCCCCGCCUUGCCCGGACCCCAGGCACCCUCCAGCGUCAGGUGAGGAUCCCCCAGAUGCAUGCUCCACCCCAUCCCAGGACACCCCUGGGGUCUCCAGCUGGAUACUGGAAGCGAGUGGGAUACUCGGAGUGCUCAGCAUCCUGCGGAAAAGGUGUUUGGCGCCCCGUCUUCCUCUGCGUUUCUCGUGAGUCAGGGGAGGAGCUGGAUGAACACAGCUGUGCCAUGGGCGCCAGGCCCCCAGCUCCCCUGGAGCCCUGCCAUGGUCCUCCAUGCCCCCCAUACUGGGAGGCGGGCGAGUGGACGUCCUGCAGCCGCUCCUGUGGCUCCGGCAUCCAGCACCGCCAGCUGCGCUGCCGCCAGGAGUUCGGGGGCGGCGGCUCCUCGGUGCCUCCCGAGCGCUGUGGACACCUCCCUCGGCCCAAUGCCACCCAGCCCUGUCAGCUGCGCCUCUGUGGCCACUGGGAGGUUCGCUCCCCCUGGAGCCAGUGCUCAGUGCGGUGCGGGCGGGGCCAGAGGAGCCGGCAGGUCCGCUGUGUGGGGAGCAACGGUGAUGAAGUGAGCGAGAGGGAGUGUGCGUCGGGCCCCCCGCGGCCCCCCAGCAGAGAGGCCUGUGACAUGGGGCCCUGUACCACAGCCUGGUUCCACAGCGACUGGAGCUCCAAGUGCUCAGCGGAGUGUGGGACAGGAAUCCAACGACGAUCUGUGGUCUGCCUUGGGAGUGGGGAGUCCCGUGGGGCGGGCCAGGAGGAAGCAGGAGCUGGGACCACUGAGCAGAGCUGUGCACCAGGAAGCCGUCCCCCGGACAUGCGUGCCUGCAGCUUGGGACCCUGUGAGAUGACGUGGUGCUGGUACACGGGGCCCUGGGCCGAGUGCUCCUCAGAAUGUGGCUCUGGCACACAGCGUAGAGACAUCAUCUGUGUAUCCAAACUGGGUACAGAGUUCAACGUGACUUCUCCCAGCAACUGCUCCCACCUGCCUAGGCCCCCUGCCCUGCAGCCCUGUCAGGGGCAGGACUGCCAGGACCGAUGGUUUUCUACGCCCUGGAGUCCGUGCUCUCGCUCCUGCCAGGGGGGUAUUCAGACGAGGGAGGUCCAGUGUCUGACUGCCAACCAGACCCUCAGCGUCCGAUGCCCUCCUCACCUGCGGCCCUCCAGGAAACGACCCUGUAACAGCCAGCCCUGCAGCCAGCGCCCCGAAGUGAAACAGACAGAAGAGGAGUGGAGAGUGGACGAUGCCUGUUUCCCUGAGACUUUUCUAGGCUGAGAGGAAAGCAAGUUUGCAGCUCCUUAGUAAUCCAAACUGCCUAGCACCUGGUCUCCCCAUCAACCCGACUUUGUGCCCUAAACUUCAUUUCUCAUGUUCAGGCCUCGCCUCUUCUAAAGCACCAUUUACCAUCUGAUCCCUUCUCCCCACACUUAGUCUCUCCAUCCCUACCUCUCAGAAUCAGCUAGGGAUGGGAGUCAGCCACUGCCAGUCCUGCCUUACCCCAGGAAGAGAGACUACCUCCCCAGAGCAGGGACCAGCUGGGCAGAGGAUGGAAAAAA